UCUUACCAUUUAUUGGUCAAACAAACUUGCAGAGCGAAGAGAUGGGUAGCGAAGCAUACGAAGAGGCCAUUGAAGCUCUCAAGAAGCUUAUUAUCGAGAAGGAGGAGCUAAAGACUGUUGCGGCCGCUAAGGUGGAGCAGGUCACGGCAGCACUUCAGACAGGUACUUCCUCCGACAAGAAAGCUUUCGACCCCGUCGAAAACAUUAAGCAAGGCUUCAUCACUUUCAAGAAGGAGAAAUACGAAACCAACCCUGCUUUGUACGGUGAGCUCGCCAAGGGUCAGAGUCCUAAGUACAUGGUGUUUGCUUGUUCCGACUCGCGUGUGUGUCCAUCGCACGUUCUCAACUUUCAGCCAGGAGAGGCCUUCGUUGUCCGUAACAUAGCCAACAUGGUUCCUCCUUUUGACAAGGUCAAAUACGGUGGAGUAGGAGCAGCCAUCGAAUACGCUGUUUUGCACCUUAAGGUGGAGAACAUUGUGGUGAUAGGACACAGCGCUUGUGGUGGGAUCAAGGGACUCAUGUCUUUUCCUUUGGAUGGAAACAACUCCACUGAUUUCAUAGAGGACUGGGUCAAAAUCUGUUUACCAGCCAAGUCAAAAGUCAUAUCAGAACUUGGGGAGUCAGCCUUUGAGGACCAGUGUGGCCGAUGUGAAAGGGAGGCAGUGAAUGUUUCACUAGCAAACUUGUUGACUUAUCCAUUCGUGAGAGAAGCUGUGAAAGGAACACUUGCUUUGAAGGGAGGCUACUAUGAUUUUAUAAAGGGUGCUUUUGAGCUUUGGGGACUUGAGUUUGGCCUCUCCGAAACUAGCUCAGUUAAAGAUGUGGCCACCAUACUACAUUGGAAGCUGUAGGAAAUCUUUCAAGCUUUUAUCCCGUUCACAUUUUUAAUUCAGGCACACGAACUUGUUGUUUC